CCUCGAUGGUAAAUUGCGGAUAUGGUUCUGGUGUUGGCAGAGGUUUACUGUAUGUCAUGGAAGACAAAUAUAUGACACCAUGGCCAUCUGAUGAUUGUUUAACGUCUGGGGCUUCACCACUUCCCAAUUCAAUCUCGUGAAUUCAAACUUCUUCACAACAGAAACAGCGACGAGACGAUCGAACAUGGCGGCCUCUGCGGCGUCCAUUGAAGAGUGCCUUCGGCACCUCGUAUCGUUCAAUGAUCGGCUGCGUUUUCAGCAGUCUGCUCUGCAGGACCUCCAGCGCGAGAUGAACGUCAUCAUGGUUCAUGUACGAGGUCAAAUCGACUCGGACGGCGCCCCUGGGCUGCACGACAGCGGCCAAAUCAGGCAUCCAACGACAUGGUCGGGUCGGCAGAUGUCCGAUGACUUUUCUGAUGCACCAAUGGAUGAGGCAGUCGAGCGGGCAAUAAGCUUACAUAGCAUGGCCGUUUCGCAGAGCUUCGCAGGUCAGGAGCCCGGUGGGCUUCUGAAAGCUCUAUCUGUGGCCAGCGCCCGGGCGUUUGGCAAUGUGCUCCGUACUUCGAGAACAGACCGUGGACCGCUAUCUGGUAGGAAUAGCCCGGACUUCGCGCAGCGGCGGCCUAGUACAGACAGAGCCCAUUUGCUGCUGAAUGCUGGAAAAAUGCUCGACCGGUUGGAGAAACCUCUGAAGGAGAGUCAGAGCGGACAACUUUCAACGUACUCCUUGAGCUCAAAGUCAUUGCCAGGGGCGAAUGGGAGACCAGAAAUAAAUAACUCGACUUCGCCAAUGCAGCCAGAUGUUGAGAACAACAUCUCGUGGCGCCCAGGUCGCUCCGCGAGUCACACGCGGAUGGACCGCAAAAGCAAGUCGGCCGUCUUUGCUUUGCGUAAUCGACCACCAGACGCUGCCGCUAUAACGGAACCUGUGGCACCGCCAGCUCUGGUAGUUUCUCCUCCAGUGGUCAAAGCACCUGCUCCGGAUCUUGUCCCGAACGGCUCUCCUCCAGAACUAGCUGGCCAUAACCGGGCUGUCAGCGCAUAUAUUCGAUUUGGAGCUGUACCUCGGUUCAAUGAGUUUCGAGUCUACCUGCCGGCCGCGGAGUUUGACGCCGGGCUGAAAAAGGUCAAUAUCGAGAAUCCGUCGCUACUGCUCCACCCGCGGUCGACAUUCGUUGUGGCAUGGGAUAUACUACUAUCUUUGAUUUUAUUCAGCAUAGCGUACUUGAUCCCUGUCGGGAUAUCCUUCGAUUCGGCGCAAAUGCGUAUUGAAAGCUUCGCGAUUUCGCUUACAGCGAUUUUCUUCCUUGACGCCGUCUUCAGCCUGUGCCAGCUGACAACGAAGGAAGGCCUCCCUGUGCCAGCGCGACUUUCCAUGAAGCGCUAUCUGUCUCGCAACGGAUUAUUUGACUUGAUUACGAUACUGCCCUUCGAUAGGUUCGUGGAGCAGAAGUCUGGCGCUUCAGCUACGGAUCUUGUGUUCAUCCUUCGUCUACUGCGUCUUCGACGAAUGGGCCCGAUCUUGAUGACGAAUCCGGUGUAUGGCAGCAUCAGUCUGCGAAUGCAGAGUACCUUUGGUGUGGGCGGCAGCUUCAUGAGCGUGUGGCUUUUUGGCGGCUUGCUGAUAGUGUACCUACACCUGUACGGAUGCGGAGUCUUUCUUGCUGGAAAGCUCACCGACUUUCAGAGUUGGGACGGGCCGGAAACGCAGAGUAUCUUGAAGAAGGAAUUUGGAGCUCAAUACACCUGGGCUGUCUUCGUCGCCAUCGGGAACACUUUCCCCAUCACGGGCUUUCGGCCCAUAACUCCCUAUGAGCAGUGGUCAACAAUUGUUACGUGUCUCAUUGGAGCCCUUCUGUACGCAUCGCUUGUUGGUUCUAUCUCCUCCUUCAGUUUCGGACUGGAUUCAUCAGGGCGACUCUAUAAGCAAAAGAUGGACGAAGUGAACGAGUAUAUGAGCUACAAGCACCUUGGACCCGCCAUGAAGAAUAAAGUCCAGCAGUACUUCCAGCUGAAGUAUAGAGGGAAAUACUUUGAUGAAGCGGCGAUUAUGGCAGAGCUCAACGAUAGCUUACGACAGGAAAUCACAAUUCACAACUGCCGCGAUCUUAUUGCAAAAGUGAGCUUUCUUUCUCGAAAUGUCGGGGACGGACGAGAUAUGACGUUUUUAGGGCGCAUUGCUGGCGCCCUGAAAGCUGUUUUCUUCAUUCAAGGAGACACCAUUUUUGAGCAAGGCUGGGUGGGAAAUGAGAUGUUUUUCAUUCUUUCCGGCACUGUUGAGAUCCUCGUAGGAAAUGGUAUCCGGGUCGGGCAACUGUCCGAUGGCGCCUUCUUCGGGGAAGUUGCAAUCCUUGCAGAAUGUCCUCGGACGGCAACGAUUCGCGCGACGGCAGAUACCGUUGCGUACCAACUGAGCCGAAAGGAUCUGGAAGCCAUUCUGGCGGACUUCGAGGACAUGGCGGUCAAGAUUCGCUUGGUUUACGAGGAGCGGAUGGCCAAGGUCCGCAAGGAGAAAGAGAUGAAGGAAGCUGCGGAAAAGGAAGCCGCUCAGAAAGCCUUGCAAGAAAAGAUGGACAGGGACAUCAUGGGCUCUUCCCAGAUGAGUCCAGAGGACAGCGUGUAACAUCUUGUCAGUCCCGCCUUCUCCAGGCGCUGGUCAGGAUGGGCAGUCACUAUUCCCCGCUGCCUUCGUGCAAGACCUCACGUUGGCGCCGUAUAUCCGUAGUGGCAUGAAGGCUGCACGAGACUAACCUUGUAUAUAGUGAGGUUAUCAUCCUCUCAUAUUCAUUUCCAAUGACAUUGCAUUUCAAAGAAUA